AUGACUACCUCCAAAGAAUGGGCAAAAAUGCUUCGAGGCGAGCUAUACAUGCCCUGGGACGAAGACCUCCAGGCCAACCGGACACGCUGCAAGCAGGCAUGCGAGGAGUUCAAUAAAGCAGGAAAUGCCUCCCGACGACAAAAAGUCGAGCUUUGGAGAAACAUAAUCGGAGAUACUCGUCCUCUCCCACCAGUAAAUCCAAAUCCCAAAGAAGACGAAGAGCUAUUCGACGAAACUGAUCCCUUCGUCGAUGGUCCCAUCUCAGUGGAUCACGGCCUUAAUUUCAAAGUGGGAGCUGGGACUUUCCUCAACUUUAACCUGCUCGUUCUGGAUACCUGUCUUAUAACCAUCGGCGAACGGGUUCUCUUUGGACCGAAUGUUUCGCUCUAUGGUGCUAUUCAUCCACUUGAUCCCGCGGUUCGGCAGGGGUUGAAGGGGCCCGAGGCUGGAAAGGAGAUUCAUAUUGAAGAUGAUGUUUGGAUUGGGGGAGGUGUGAUGGUUCUUGCGGGGGUGAGGGUUGGGAGAGGAUGUACGAUUGGGGCGGGUUCGGUAGUUACGAGAGAUAUCCCUCCUUUUCAUUUUGCGGCCGGGAACCCGGCUCGGGUUAUUAGGCGGAUUGAGAGUAAGAUGGAUCCUCAACAGUGCUAG